GGGGGCCACGACCCCCCCGCUGUCCCCGUCGCCAGCCCCUCCCCCGCUGUCACCGGGCCACCAACGCCCCUCCCCCCAGGGUCCCCGUGUCCCCGAUGCCGGACGAGCCGGGGGUGGCCCCGGGGGUGGCCCCGGAGGUGGCCCCGGGGUCCCCCCUGUCCCCGCCGCCCCCGGGGACCCCCCAGAAAGGGGCGCGGCCCCCCCCGGGCAGCGACUCCGAGCACGACUCGGGAUUCUCAGAUUCCGGUUCGGAGCACCUGGGCAGGUGCGAGGGGACGGACCCGGAGGAGCCGCCCGGGCCCGGCCGCGCCCACCGGAGACCCACCGGCCUCGGCCACGCCCCCCCGGGGCCGCAGCCCCCGGGAGCCGCUCGGGACCCGCGUCCCCUCCUGCUCCUGCUGCGCCCCCCGCCCGCCGCCGUCCCCGGUGCGGACGGGACCCGGCUGUGUCCCCCGGUGCCCCCGGCUGUCCCCGCGGAGCUGUCGCCGUGUCCCCGCACGUCGCCGCGGCUCCGCUCUCCGCCCGCCGCCGUCCCCGGUGCGGACGGGACCCGGCUGUGUCCCCCGGUGCCCCCGGCUGUCCCCGCGGAGCUGUCGCCGUGUCCCCGCGCGUCGCCGCGGCUCGGCGGGGCGCUGCUGGCGGCGCUGGCGCUGCGCACCGGGGCCCUGCUCCGCCACAACCGGCGCACGCAGGGCGACAUCGCGACACUGCGGCGACACACGCGGCUGCUGGCCCGGGCCACCCGCGACCCCCGCGUGUGGCCCCGCCUGUGUCACCUGCUGGGCCACCCCGCGGGAGCCGCCGGGAGCCACCGGGAGCCGCCCGCUCCUGGCGAAUAAACGGGUGGCGCCGA